AUGGGAGACCUUCCGUCCUCCAUGGCUCCAUCUCCCGCAAACUCAACCUCCACCACUCCGUCAAACCUCAAUUUGACCAUGUUCUUGCACACUCUCGCCGUCGUCGGGACCGCCGCCGUUGUCUUCACCGCCUACAACUUUAUCGUCAUCCGCUGCUGCGCGAACCGCCGGGGCCAGUACCGCGGCUUCCGACCGGAGCCGGCUCGACUCCGUCUAGAGAGCGCGAACGCAAAGGCCUGGGUGCCUAGUUUCAGGUACGAGAAGAAGGCGGAAGGGGACGGCCGAGAUCAGGGCUUCGACGGAGACGGAGACUGCGCCGUCUGUCUUUCGCCGUUCGAGGACGGCGACGAGGUGCGGCGGCUGCCACGCUGCAGCCACUGCUUUCACGCUCCUUGUGUGGACAUGUGGCUCCACUCUCACGCCGACUGCCCGCUUUGCCGCACCGCCGUGGAACCGCCAUCUCUCGCGCCUCGGCAACAAAACGCGGUGGUUCAAGAGAGGAAUUCGAGUGGAGUGGUGGAUUCAGCUGGUGCAACCCAUUCUUUUCUAUCUGUAAAUUUUGUGGGACAGUAUGGGAUUGAGACCCGAGACAUGAAUGAGGAAGAUGUUGAUAGACUAUCCAGUGAAAAUUCAGGGAAAGCUGUUACCGAUGGAUCUUGUGGUAUAGACAUGUCAGGGUUCGACGUCAUUUUGGAGAUGGACUGGUUGUUCUCCAGUUAUGCCCACCGCACGCUGGAGAGAGCCAUCAACCACGCGGGAGAGAAGAGGGGUUUCUUCUUGCUUGAUCUUCAGGUUUACAGUAGCGCAGAAGAGAGGUUUUCUUCUUCACUAGCCGCGAGAUCCCUUCCCCGCCGAGAGAGAGCACCUGUAGCCGAGAGAGAUCCUUCGCCUGCACACGGGAGAGAAGGAGACGGCAGGAGGGCGGUUGGCGCUGGGGAUCUCCAGAGGAGGUUCACGCAUUGGUAA